AUGAGUACACCGGUAGCUGCAGCCCAGGACAAUGCUUCGACGCUGCGUCUCUUGCAAUUGGUUCCCGAAGCCUUGCCUACGUUCCGCGUGGACGUCACUACCUUGUUUGGCGACUACCUGCCGCGCCACGGCAUCGAAUGCGAGCUGGCGCUGGCCAGAUGCCAGCCUGUGCCGGGCCAACCGGUGGACGGCCGAGGCAUAGCCGUACAGCAGCCGGAAGCCGCCCUGGCUCAGGUUAGCAUCAUAUUCAUCCAUGCGUGCUGGCGACAUGUCGAACGCGGACAGGACGCUGACAUUCAGCAAGCGGUAGUAGAUGCGCUGUUUGUAACCGGUGCCAAACAGGGAGGAGCCGGCAAGAAAAGCCACCUUGUCGCCCAACUGGUAGCCGGCCGCUUCCCAGGCGAGGAAAAUGCCGGCCCACAGGCUGGAUGCAAGGUACUGAUGGUAGGCACCCAUCCUGGCGGAAAGGGCGGCAUCGCCACCGUUGUCGCUGUGCUGCAACAACAAGGUUUUUUUAAAGAGAACGCGGUGCGCUAUAUCGCCACGCAUGCGCAAGGGGGGGGCGUGCGCAAGCUGGGCACGGCCAUUGGCGCCGUGUGCACGGUAGCCUGGCUGUGUCUGACGCAGCGUCCGGCCAUCGUGCAUGUGCAUUCUGCGUCGCGCGCCAGCUUUUACCGGAAAUCAUUGAUAUUGCUCACGGCGAGGCUGUUGGGCCGCAAGACGAUCUUUCAUUUGCAUGGCGCCGAAUUUCGGCAGUUUGCGAAUGUCGAAUCGGGCCCGCUGGCCCGCUGGUGGAUACGCCGCACUCUGGCCAGCAGUUCCAUGGUGGUGACCCUGUCGGAAAGCUGGAGCGGUUUCUUGCGUGAACUGGCGCCGACGGCCCGCCUGCGGGUGGUGGCCAAUUCGGUCUCCAUGCCGGUGCUGCAGGAGCCGGCGCGGGAAGAGGCGGGACGCAUUCUGUUUCUGGGAAGGGCCGAAAAGCGCAAAGGCAUCUUUGAAUUGCUCGACGCUAUUGCGCUGCUGAAGCAGGAGUAUCCUGAAGUCAUGCUGGUGAUCGGCGGUGACGGCGACCUCCAGGAGAUCGCGCUGACGGUAGAGCGCUUGCAGAUCGGCGCGCAU